AUGGCUGCUGCGCCAAUCAUAUGGAUUAAUGCCUUCCCAGGCACCGGCAAGUUUACAGUGGCCAAAGUUUUGGGAACGCUCAUUCCGAAGUCAGUCGUUAUCGACAACCAUCAGCUCAUCGACCCGGUAACAUUAAGCCGGGACCAUCCAUGCUACCAAACUGAGCGCAAGAAGGAGCGUGAGAAAGCCUUCAACGAAUAUGUAUUUAACCCCCGUUGGGCAGAACACACGAUAAUAUUCACAGAUUCUCAAACCACCGACCUGCUGGGUGAAGCUGUAGCGAGAGAGUAUCAAGCUGCCGCCGAAGCCGCUAAGAGGCCUUUCACACCGGUGUAUUUGACCUGUGACUGUGAGGUCAAUAUCACGCGAGCCACUAGCCAUGAGCGGUUGCAAGGGGGCACGACCAAAUUGACGGACGCAAAGAUCAUCAGGGAUAUUAGAAGCAGAUGCAAAAUCUUCCGGUUUGAAGCGGGAGAUCGCCAGCCAUGUUCGAUUGAUACAACAACCCUAACACCCGCUGAUGCGGCGUCAAAAAUCAUAGAGUAUUGCCAAGGUCUGGGACUCCUAAAGUCAUAG